AUGAUAUGCGAUGACAACAACGUCAAAGACGGCAAGAAGCUUGGCUGGGACUUGCCAGGCGGAACGGGCGAGCAUCUUCCUCAAGCAACGCACAUCAACGACAACGAGGAGCCAUCCAGGGACGACGACGACUGUAAUGACUACACUUUCCUACAGCACAAGAGGAAAUCUCCAGGACAGCGAGUAAACCAUCUCCUGCGGAAAGUGCAAGGACGUGUGUCUGCCUUCCAGCUCGCAACGGACGACACACAGUUCUCUACACAGCGACUUGAGCUGCAUCCCGAACUCGAAUGGGAUGCCACUCUCCGGAGGACAAAUGACCUGCACCCCUCCGAAGUUUCCUACCUCUCGGCCCGUCGCACACGCAUCCUCAACACUAACGCACUUAGGACCUUCCUCUCCCUCCCCCAAGAGGAGUCCAUAAAUCCAGACGAUCUCCCCAUCGUCGGCCUGGGUGGCAGCGGAGGGGGAUAUCGCUCCCAUCUGGGGUUUAUCGCUACUUUCCAGGCAGCGAAGGUGCUUGGAUUCUGGGAUCUGGUCAGCUAUGUCGCUGGGGUAAGCGCUGCGUGCUGGACGAUUGCUGCAUACCUCACCUUCGCCCACCAGGACGCCGACCUGCUCCUAUCCCAUUUUGCAGAGAACAGUUCCCAGCACCCCCUCUCCCCUCGCGCGCUGCGCACUGUCCUCUCCUCCCCACACGGGGCCGACUUCCUCUUCGCACCCCUUGCUGCCAAAGUGCGCAAGGGACUCAGACUAGCUCUGAUGGACCUCUGGAGCACUGGCAGCACGGGGUGGAUGUGGUUGCCUCUCGCUUGCGAAACGGGAGAACGCCCGAGAUUAAGGGAGGAAUGGAUGCAGUGGUCUAAAGUCUGGGAACGCGCUGGUGUCAAGGAUGGCUGCGAGCCCUUCCCCAUUCUCACUUGCGUACGGCACGUCAUACCCUGGGACCCGUCAACACCCCGACGCCUCCUACGCCAUCUCCUACGGUUUGCCCGCUCCGACCCCGUGCGCAGAGACAUCGAAUCCGCUGCAAAAGUACAUCAUGCCUGGUACCAAUGGUGGGAGGUCAACCCACUCGAAGUGGGGAGUGACGAGAUGGAGGGCUGGGUUCCAAGCUGGGCUUUCGGCAGGAGGUUUAGGAAUGGACGUUCUUUAGAGCGGGCGGUCGAGCUCCCUCUUUCUCUCCUCCUUGGGCCAGCGACGUCGGCCCCUUCUGCACCGCUCGUCGAUCAGCUUGCUACUGUUGCUCGCAACCUUCCCGAGGGCAUCGUCGGGCGCUCGCUCAAGCGCGCUGCAGCAGGGAUCAUGCGCCGUAUACCUGCCGAAGCAGAACGUUUUGGGAACAAACAUCCUUUACACCCCGGCCAGGUGCACAACCCUUUCUUUCUCGUACCUCGAAAAGCACGACUCGGGGGAAACGAGAAGACAGGCCGGAUCGCGCUCAUGGACGCCGGGCUGGAUAACAACAUGCCGAUGCAGCCAUUUCUUCACCCAGGCAGGGAGGUUGACGUCCUUAUCAACAUUGAUUUUUCCAGCGAUGUGCAGGAGGACACUGCCAUGGCGCGAUUACGCAACUUCUGCCGCGGACGAGGGCUGGAGCUGAGGGAUCGGAACCCCUUGCCAAGUUUGGGCGGCGUGCCGCGGGAUGAGAGGGGAAGACCGACGACUUUGACUGCGGAAGAAGUUGAGAAGAGGUUCGAAGGCCGGUAUGCCCAGGUACUUGAUGCGGUGCCUAUGUGGGUAGGCAAUACGGGCGCGCCGCCGAAGGAGGGGUGGUAUUACACGGAUGGGGGUAUUGGGAGAGGGACGAUUCUCUGUAAUGACAAGGAUCAGCCGCAGGGUCACAGAAGCAUGCUGGUGGUGUAUGCGCCGCUCCUGCCAAACAAGGUUCAUCCGGAAUUCGAUCCUUCGACAGCAGCGUUCGCCGACUCGUACAACCUGGUUUGGACGCCAGAACAAGUGCAUACAAUCGCCGAGACGCAACGAGCGAACAUCGUAAAAGCCAUGCCUACCAUUAGGGAUGCGAUCCGAGAAGCAUAUGAGACGAAGAAGAGGCAGCGUCUGGAGCGGGAAAGGAUGAAUACUUACGAACGACGAUCUUGA